AUGAGCAGCUGGCUCACCUUCGCGACGGCUCUCAGCUCUGCGCUGAUCCGACUCGGGAGCUACAUUUUUCUCCGAUGGAUUCCGGGCUAUCCAUUUCCUCCUAUCAUCCUAACAUUCUCCGGAAUCUAUCUGUCGUCAACAUAUUUGUUACUCGGGCCGGCGAGUGAAGAGCCUGCGGGGGAAGCCAAGAUAACGACGCUUGAUAAAUCUCGCGCAAAAACGCGCAAAAAUGAGUCUACAGAGACAGGCUUUUUACACGCGCUUUUAACAGGCGUUCCAUCGAAAACGAAGGUGUUUGCGACAACACUUAACAUCCUGAUAAAUCUGGUGUUGACAGCCUUUACUCUGGAUUUUCUUUAUCGUGGCCGACUUCUGUAUCCCACUGAUGAUCUCGCGUUCUCUCGUAUCGGCUAUGUCUCUCCAACAACGGCGAAUCUCCUGGUCAGAGAACCGCACGCCGACAACUUUCCCGUGACGAUCAAAUAUCAAGAGGCAACACAGUCCGACACGAAUUGCUGGGUUGAAGAAGGAAAGAUCUACCAACUCAAUGCAGUGAAAGACUUCACCUUUCCAGUGACUAUUACAAAUCUCAAGCCCUCAACAAAGUAUCGCUAUACCCUGUCAAACAACGAGACCGGUACUUUCGUUACUGCUCCACAGUCCGGAACACAAUCAGCGAACAGAUUGUCGUUUCUGACUUCGAGCUGUAUCAAGGCGAAUUUCCCAUAUAACGCUUUCUCGCACCCUCUUCGCAUACCAGGUAUUGAGCAAAUAUCGCGUGCAAUCAAGAAAUUGCCUUCGUUGAAUCGGCCAUCAUUCAUGCUCUUUCUCGGAGACUUUAUCUAUAUUGAUGUACCGCUUAGAUAUGGCUCUUCCUUGGAGGAGUACCGAGCCGAGUACAGGCGUGUAUACUCUUCACCAAGCUGGUAUGAGCCCGCAGAUGAACGUCCUAUUGAUCUACCCUGGAUCCAUACCCUGGAUGACCACGAGAUUUCAAAUGACUGGGAUAAAGGCAACUUGACACAUCCUUACCCAGAGGCUGCCGAUCCUUUUCAUCUAUACCAUGUCAGCGUGAACCCCCCAAUUCCGCCUUUGUCAUACGCCACCCCAGAAAACACGACGUACUUCUCCUUCAUCCAAGGGCCUGCAUCCAUCUUCAUGCUCGACACCCGCACAUACCGCACAGCACCUAACCUUCCCAAUUCCACAAUUCUGGGUAAUGCACAGCUCAACUCUCUGCUAGCAUUCGUCUCCCGCCCGGAGCCAGCAGCAGUAAAAUGGAAAAUCAUCGCAUCCAGCGUGCCCUUCACCAAGAACUGGCGCAUCGGUACAGAGGAUACAUGGGGCGGCUUCCUGAACGAACGGCAAGUUAUCCUCGAGGCAUUGUGGCGUGCUGAGCGAGAACUCGGCGUUCGCAUCGUGUUGUUGAGUGGUGACCGUCACGAAUUCGGCGCAACUCGUUUCCCGGACCCAAGCUACCAAUUAACCUCGAACGAACUCGCGUCAGAUGCAACGGAAGCAUAUGGCAUUCACGAAUUCUGCGUCGGUCCACUAAACAUGUUUUAUCUUCCUAUUCGAUCAUAUUAUCAAACCGACAGCGAGGAUAUCAUGAUCAAAUACAUUCCGCACGGAAACGUGAAAUUCGGACAGAUCGAUAUUGAUCUGUAUGACGGUACGGGCGGAGCAUCUGAUGUCCUCCCCGACAACCUUGAAGGCCCACAUUCGGUACUCACGUACUCGUUACAUAUUGGCGAUAAGGUUGUGUGGAAGUAUCAAUUAUCUAUCCCCUUAUUGCCUGAUGCGAUUGGGACUGGUACUAAGGCGCGACUACCGCCUGGGAGGGUCGUGUAUGAUGAGGGUUGGGGUCUGCAAAGGCAGGUUGCGUUUGUUGCCAAGAAGGCAAAGAUCUUUUGGGAUGAUUUGAAGGAAAGGAUUGCGCCGUUUUUGAAUUGGGAGAGGAAGCAGAUGAGGGUUGAUUAG